AUGACGGUGGGGAUGAUCAACGCGAACCCGGUGGUGCACGAGCGGCCGGAGCGCGCCGCCCACCCCGCGCACGCGGCGCUCGACGCGCUCGACGUCUUCGAUACGGUGCGGGACAUCAAGGACCCGGAGCACCCCUACUCGCUGGAGCAGCUCAGCGUGCUCUCCCAGGAGUCCGUCUCCGUCGACGACAAGCUCGGCCACAUCCAGAUAACCUUCACCCCAACUGUGCAACACUGCACUAUGGCCACAGUGAUUGGCCUGUGCCUCAGGCUUAAGUUGAUGCAAAACUUUCCUCCGCAUUUCAAGAUUGACAUAAAAGUUGCUCCAGGAUCUCUUGCUAAUGAAGAAUCAGUAAACAAACAGCUGAACGACAAGGAGAGAGUCGCGGCGGCCUUGGAGAACCCCAACCUCCGGCAGUUGGUGGACGAUUGCCUCUGCUCAGAUCAUCCAUCCUCAUAUUAGCUCGUCCCUGAUGCCUCACAACCUGUCUGUUGUACAGCAAUAAUAAGCAGGCAUUUUUUGUGUUUUGCCCAAUACUGUACCUGAAAUUCGAGAAAAGGCACUAUAGCUGGUCAUGUAUGUGCCAUUCUUUUGUGUUAGGUGUACGCUGCUACUCCCUGGAAUAUCAGCAAUGCUUUUUCUUCUUUCCCGCCAAAAAAAAGCAAUGUUUUUUCUUCAUGCCUGCAUAUGACCAGUCCUUCAAAGUAGGAGGGGAAUUGUUUGUUGCAGCAUGAUUUGGUCCUAUUUUACUGGUUCUAUGUUGAUUAUCACUAAGUAUUGUUGUUGGCUA